GAGCCGGGUCUGCUUCCUUGCAGGCCCCGUGGGCGGGCAGAGGUGUGCCCCUCAGUCUCCCCAGCAACCAGUGACACUGCCCGCGCCGGGCCGGCCACUGGCCGCCGGGGAGAGCGGGCCCGCAGCGUGACCCCCACCCCGCGGCGCCUCCCGCUCCCCGCUCGGCGGCCGCGCGCUCCGCCUGCCCCUUCCUGCUCUCGGAGUCCGGGAAGCGGGGCCGGCAGACCGGCCCAGUGGGAGCCGCGCGGUGUCCGAGGAGCCUGCCGCGACCGGCUUCUACCCCCCGCACAGACCCCUCUGUUUCUUUCAGGAGUACCAGCAUGGGGUGAGGUAUGGAAGAGGGACCUGGGGCCACUGGCCCCCAAGCACCAAACCUGCACUCCACAGCAGAGCCCCUCACACUCCACGUCAGUAACAAGAGGAAAUGGGCGCAACCCGUCCCACUCCGGUGGUGCUAGAGGAGCACAUGCCACGCAGGACACCUCCAGCAGGAGGGAGCAGAGCUUCAGAACCCGCAGCACAGAUCUGCUGUGCUGAGCCCUUUCACUCCGCCCUGUUUGUUUGUGUGUAAAGAUGAAGGCCCCGUCUGUGUGGGAACUUCAGAGUUCUGGGCGCUUGUGAUGAAGUUCCCUCUGGUAUAAGAAAAUGACUGCAGACCAUUUUGUCUGAGUUCUCUUCCUGAUCUGAAGGGUGCACUGGUAAUGCUGAUCUAAGCUAUUCCUAAUCGUCAGUGUCCUGACUGACUUGGCUGGGUAGACCCAUGGCCAGGUGAGGAGGCGAAGCCACAUUUAUGCUCUCAGCUGGAGGGCUGUGAAGCUGUGUGCCCCUAAGGCAGAUGCUGAGAGAACCUGUCAGGAACACCAUUUGAGAUAAGCAGAGCCCAGCAGAUCUGGCCCAGGCAGGGGCUUCUGGCUACUCCAGGUUCUCAUCCCCUGGCGUGGCAGCAGUGAGGAAAGUGUGCAGGUUUACAAAAGAGUGAACCUGAGAAUCAGAAGAGGCCCUGUCCUCCCAGCCUUGCCUGAAAGGGUGAGCACCACUGACUUGACAUGACUUUUUUUGUGAAUUUUCCUUCUUCCUUUAUAACACUGUCUUGGAUCCUGGGUUGCUUUCUCAAUCGGGGCCAUGUACUAGGUAGUUGUUUAUCAGGUGCUGUCCAAAGCCACAGAACAAUUCUGGGCAUUUCUCAAAUCCCUCCUCUUGCCCAGGCCUGAGUCCUUCCGUGACGUCAGGUGUGUGCCCUUUGCCAGGCUGUUGCUGCUUCUGCUGAGUGCAUUUGUGCUUUAGUACGUGGCCCUCUUUGUCCUUCCAGGCCCGACUGGGUUCACUGUUGAUGCUAAGGAAAUGGUGUCGGAGGGGCUGAUAGGCAGACUCAGGGUCUUCUCAGCACUCUGUCCCCCUCGUCUCCCAAUGCUUCCUUAGGUGGAGACACCCUACCUACCAGAAAACAGGCCGGGCAUUCCUGUUUCUUUCCUCUCCAGAGGUGUUGAGGGUUCGGUUCCUGCUCUGUACUAAGCUCCCCUUUGAAUCCAUACCUUCUUGUGCUCCAGGACAGAUGUGAUCCAUCCCACCUGCCCUUCCAGGGCUUAGCUGCAGAGUGAAGCUGGCCUCAGCUGCCUCUGGAAUAGAAGCAGCACCUGCAGGUGACAGAAGGAACUUUAGAAGACACAGUUCGAGGCCUGCCUGUCUUCGCUUUUAGGAAAAGUAAAACUUACCUGCGGAGCAAGGAGUGCGCUUCCCUGCAGGCUGCUCCUCACCAUGUUCCCUGCUUCAGGCACGGUGGCGGUGGGGAAACCCUACGCAUGCUGCGAGUGUGGAAAGAGCUUCCGCUACAGCUCAGUGCUGCUGCGGCACGAGCGUGCCCAUGGUGGUGACACCUGCUUCCGCUGCCUGGAGUGUGGCGAGCGCUGCGCUCAGGCUGCCGAACUCCGCGCUCACAGGCGGACCCACGCAGGUCAGACGCUCUACAUCUGCAGCGAGUGUGGCCAGAGCUUCCGCCACAGUGGGCGGCUCGACCUGCACCUGGGUGCGCACCGUCGGCGCAUUCGCGCCUACCCGUGCCGCCUGUGCGGUGGCCGCUUCCCUCACCUGUCCGCGCUGCUGCUGCAUCGCAGCCGCAGACACCCGCCCGAACGGCCUUGCCGCUGCCCACUGUGUGCUCGUACCUUCCGGCAGAGCGCACUGCGCUUCCACCAGGCGCGGGCGCACCCAACUGGGAACCCGGCUGCCCCCACCCCUGGCGCACCCCACCGCUGUGCACAGUGCCCGCGGGCCUUCCGCAGCAGCGCAGGGCUCCGCAGUCAUGCUCGUGUCCACUUGGUUCCAAGUCCUGGAGCCCGUAUGCCCCCGCAACCCCGGCCCACGGACGUCCACCAGUGUGCUGUGUGCGGCAAGACUUUCGGCAAGAGUUCCACGCUAACACGCCACCUCCAGACGCACUCAGGUGAAAAGCCUUUCAAGUGUCCGGAUUGCGGUAAGGGCUUCCUGGAGAGUGCCACCUUAGUGCGCCACCAGCGUACACACACGGGCGAGAAGCCCUAUGCCUGCAGCGACUGUGGACGUUGCUUCAGCGAGAGUUCCACGCUCCUGCGCCACCGGCGCAGCCACCGUGGUGAACGGCCACACGCAUGCACUACUUGCGGCAAGGGCUUUGGGCAGCGAUACGACCUGGUGGUUCACCAGCGCAUUCACACCGGGGAGAGGCCCUUCCCGUGCCCUGAGUGUGGCCGCGGCUUCAGCGACCGCUCGGACCUCACCAAACACCGGCGCACACACACUGGGGAGAAGCCCUAUGGCUGUGAGCUGUGCGGCAAGCGGUUCACGUGCGUGUCCAAUCUCAAUGUGCACCUGCGCAACCACGCAGGCCACAAGCCACACACAUGCCCUGAGUGUGGCAAGGCCUUCAGUGUCGCCUCCAAACUUGCACUGCACCGAAAGACACACCUGGGUGAGCGGCCAGCAAAGUGUGCCGAGUGUGGCAAAUGCUUCAGCCAUAGCCGGUCGCUGUCACAGCAUCAGCGGGCCCAUACACGAGCCCGUGCCUCAGCUGCUGUCCACCAGGCUGCAGGGAGCAUGGACCUGGCCCUUACUGGGCCAAUAGAACAGGAAAAGCCAGGGCUUGUGUCCCCGCUAAGGGAGACUUGCUGGGAUUUUUCAAAGGGGCCUGGGCUAGCAGCCAUACAGCACCAAGGGACAAAGGGCAACUCCCAGGUUGGGUCUUUUGCACUUCGGUUGGUGGCCCUUUGUUCCCCUGGACUGCCUUACCUCUGCGCCACUCCUUCCCCAUCCUCAACCCUCCAUUCUCCUGACCUCUCCCAGGAUAGGUGCAAGGAAUGGAGACAGACCCCACCAGUGUGCAGGGGUCCCCAUGCUGGGUGUCCUGUGGCUGGCCUGCGCCUGGCGCUUCCCUGCUGUGUGUAGUCUCUUCUCCCCCAUCUCCUGGUGCUUCCUGCAUCUCCAGCCUCCUUCCCCAGUGCUUUUGCUGCUGUGCCUCUUUAGGUAGGUCACUUGCCAGCUCUGUAGCCUUCUUGCCACUUUAGUUGCACCUGUUAGCAAUGAUUUCUCCCUCUGCUUGAAAGGUGGAGGUAGGAGCCCGGUUCAGUUGAAGGGUACCUCCAUGCCAGAUGAGACUGGACAGGACCCUCAGCAUGAUCACCUUCUGUCCCCUGAGCAAACUCGGGCUCCUCUUUAGGAGUGUUUUCCAGCUAGGUGGGGGACAUCUGCCCUGGCAAGACUAUGUGGGUCCACAAAGCUGAGUACAGCCAGGUGGAGUAUCAGAAUAUUUCCAAAUCAAACUUGGAACUGUGGGAAACAGAGGGGCAGGAUGGAGACUCCUGGAAUUAGCCAUUGAUUUCUGCUUAUGGUUGGUGAAAUAAAAGAGUUGUUUGGGUUUUGGAUGCCAAGAGCACCUUUAUCAAAUCUCAGGUUG